AUGUUAAUGAUAGGAGUCUUAGAAAUGUGUGUGAAAUUAGCAUUAGUAAUGGCAAAAAGUAGCGGAAGGAGAAAACCGUUUUCCGACGAUGAGCAAGCAGCGGCAGGAGACUCUGUAACACAAUAUACAAGGUUUGAAUAUAUAUUAAAUUUGAAUUUAAAGGAUUCAGAUGUGGCUAAAGAAUUUGUUGAACUUGGUUAUCGAGGAAUAGGUCAUGCUGUUAGUCGAAAAGAUUUUGAAGAAAGAAAACGCCGAGCCGGAAUUGUUUUAAGUACGAGGAGAGAAGGACCACCACCCAUAACUUCAGAUUCUCUUACCGUUAUAGAACCAUUCGCAAAAGCACUAGCAUUCCGAGAAGAAGCGAAUCGGACAACAAAACUUUUAACAAUUAUUUUUAUUCGGGACAAAAAUUCAGUUGGUCGUGAAAUAUCGGCUUAUAUUGAUUUUGCCCAUCGAUUAAAACUCGAGGAUUUUACAGGAUUUUUUACUGGUGACAAGAAAUUAGUACCAUUGUCGUCUGAUUUGAGUUAUUAUAACUGGGAUACUCAUGCAUGUACAACAAACGAUACAAAUAAUUUUAGUUUAUUAGCAAAUGCAGUUAGCGGAAUUCGAUUUCGAUGUACACACGAUAGAAAAGUGAUUUUUGUUGAUCCAGAAUCUAAACAGUAUGGUGAUGGUACAACAAGAACAGUAGGUGCUUCGCUUAUAACAUGA